UUUUUCUCUAAGCUCCGCCUUCCACCUUCAUAUGUUUUCUGUUUCCGUUUCCUUGCAGCAAUUGACUUCUUUUUUUUGUAAUUCAUUGUAUUGUCUCUUGAUUGGAUUUAAUUUUAAUUUAAAUUAAUUGUCUAUUCUUCUUAAAAUGGGUUUCGUCAAAGUUGUUAAGAACAAGGCUUAUUUCAAGAGGUAUCAAGUUAAAUUCCGAAGGAGACGAGAGGGUAAAACUGAUUACUAUGCUCGGAAACGUUUGAUCUGGCAAGACAAGAAUAAAUAUAACACUCCCAAAUAUCGAAUGAUUGUUAGAAUAACCAACAAAGAUGUAAUUUGUCAAAUUGCUUAUGCUAAAAUUGAAGGAGACUUUGUUGUAUGUUCAGCUUAUGCCCAUGAACUACCAAGAUAUGGUGUAAAAGUUGGAUUAACAAAUUAUGCUGCUGCCUAUUGUACCGGUCUUCUUCUUGCUCGUAGGAUGCUGAAAAAGUUUAAAUUAGACAAACUUUACAAGGGAUGUGAACAAGCAUCCGGAGAAAUGUUUAGUGUUGAAGAUAUCGAUGGAAAACCAAGAGCAUUCAGGGCAUACUUAGAUGUUGGACUCGCUCGAACAUCAACUGGUGCAAAAAUCUUCGGAGCCAUGAAAGGUGCCGUCGAUGGAGGUAUCGAUAUUCCUCACAGUGAGAAACGAUUCCCUGGUUACAAGGCCGAUUCUAAGGAAUUUGACGCUGAAGUCCACCGAAAACACAUCAUGGGUACACAUGUCGCCGAUUACAUGCGUAGUCUUGCCGAAGAAGAUGAAGAAGCUUUUAAAAGGCAAUUCGCUCGUUACGUCAAACUUGGAAUAACCGCUGAUGAGAUUGAAGAAAUGUAUUCUAAAGCACAUGCAGCCAUCCGAGCUAAUCCACAACCAGAAGCACCUAAAGCUAAAGCUAAAGCUACUGAUGGAACUACUGAUGAAGCUAAGAAAUCAGAAGGUGUCAAGAAAAGAUGGAACAAACCUAAGCAAACUCUUGCCGCUCGCAGGAAUAAGAUUGCCCAAAAGAAAUUGGCUGUUAUUGCAAAAUUGGACGCUGAAGUUAAUGCUUAACUUAUAUAGUUUCCAAUUUAUUAUCUGGUUUAAUUAAUAAAAAAAACGAUAAAGUCUAAAGCUCCCAAAAAAUUGUCUGAAUUCGCAAUUGAUUUCAAUACACAUCACCCGAUGGUCAUAAUUUUCUUGAAUGAAUUGCAAUAGACAAUCGAUUUACAAUUAAGCCUCCUAGGAAUCAAUACUUAGAACAAAUUUAAUUUCUCACUCGUGAAAGAAGAAGUAAUUUGUCUGCAAUUAACUGAUUGUGGUAAAACUUGAUUGUUCAAAUUGAUCAAUUUAGACAAGUUUGCAUAGUUUACAAUUUGACUUAUCUCUCCAAUAAUCGUAUCAAUUGUGUUGCGAUAAUUAUAAAACUCUGAUUUUAAAAUUGAUUAAUUAUCGUUUUACUACCAGAGUUAAAUUACUCUGCUUAAUCCAGUUAAUGGAUGGACCUGAAUUUAAUUGAAAUCACAACCUUGAUUCACUGAUUGACCUUAAGUAACUUUUAAUUGACUGAACAACAAAAGCAACGGUAAACUUGUGAUCGACUGAUACAAAAUCACAUGAUCUAAUUAACUGCUCAUCAUUCAUUAAUCAUAAUCUAAAUGAUCCUAUGCCAAUAAGUUUUCCUUAUUAAACUAAUAACAAGAAGAAAACGAAGCAAAAAAAAAUUGUAAGAUUAAAAGUACAAUCAACAAUUGCGAAUGAAGUGAAUUAAAUUUCUCGAAAAGUGAAAAGAUCCAAUUUUCCUAGGAAAAGAAACCAAAACAAUUUCGAAAGUAAAGUUUUUCAAAUGCGAACCAAAGUGAACAAACUCGCGAUUGUUUAUUGGAACAAUUUAGAUUAUAAAAGUCAAUCAACAAUCAACAAUUGCGA